CUGAAAAUGCAGAUCCGCUUCCAUACACAUGCUAUUGUCUCUUCUUGCGCUGAGCUGACGGACGGUCCAACUUCAGAACCAUCCGCUGUCGAGGACAUGUAUCCCGAAAGCCGCUGAUUCAACUCAGUUGGUCAUUGCAGGCGCCCGCUCUCAGAAGUACAACAGCACACUUAAAACAGCACGAUGCUCGGAUUAAGCAAAGAUGGGACACCGAUCGUCUUGAUAUUAUUAAAUGUGUUGGUCUUUUCAAAGGUGGCAGCAAAAGAAGUUGUUUUUACAAAUCAUCUUUUGGUUCAGUUGCACGAAGGGGUAAAUGAUGAGGCUCGUCAACUUGCAAUGGAGUACGGGUUUGACAGUGCCCGAAAGCUCCCCUUCGGUGAGGGACUUUUUCACUUUUACCCCCGGGACAUUCCCCAAGCCAGGCAGAAGCGCAGCCUCCAGCACUGGCAACGCCUAGAGAAGGACCACAGGGUGAAAAAAGUGUUUCAGCAGGAAGGAUUUGGCCGGACGAAGAGAGGCUACCGAAACAUCAAUGAUAUUGACACCAAAAUGAAUGACCCAUUAUUUACCAAGCAAUGGUAUCUCAUAAAUACAGGGCAAGCGGAUGGCACCCCUGGAUUGGAUCUCAAUGUGGCAGAGGCGUGGGAGCUGGGAUUCACUGGGAAAGGAGUAACCAUAGCGAUUAUGGACGAUGGAAUUGACUAUUUACACCCAGAUCUUGCUGCAAAUUAUAAUGCAGAAGCCAGUUAUGACUUCAGCAGCAAUGACCCCUAUCCGUACCCCCGCUACACGGAUGACUGGUUUAACAGUCAUGGAACCAGGUGUGCCGGUGAGGUUUCUGCAGCAGCAAACAAUAACAUCUGUGGCGUGGGAGUAGCUUACAACUCUAAGGUGGCAGGCAUUCGGAUGCUUGAUCAGCCGUAUAUGACAGACAUAAUUGAGGCCUCGUCGAUUAGCCACAUGCCUCAGGUCAUUGACAUCUAUAGUGCUAGCUGGGGACCCACCGAUGAUGGCAAGACUGUGGACGGCCCCCGCGAGCUGACGCUCCAAGCCAUGGCAGACGGCGUCAACAAGGGCCGCGGGGGGAAGGGCAGCAUCUACGUGUGGGCAUCUGGUGACGGGGGCAGCUACGAUGACUGCAACUGCGACGGCUACGCCUCCAGCAUGUGGACCAUCUCCAUCAACUCGGCCAUCAACGACGGCCGCACGGCGCUUUAUGACGAGAGCUGCUCAUCCACGCUGGCCUCCACCUUCAGCAACGGCAGGAAGAGGAACCCCGAGGCAGGCGUGGCCACCACGGAUCUGUAUGGAAACUGCACUCUGCGUCACUCCGGGACAUCUGCGGCUGCACCGGAAGCUGCCGGUGUGUUUGCUUUGGCGCUGGAGGCAAACCCUAACCUGACAUGGCGGGACAUGCAGCACCUGACGGUCCUCACCUCCAAGCGGAACCAGCUGCACGAUGAGGUGCACAAGUGGCGCAGGAACGGCGUGGGCCUGGAGUUCAACCACCUCUUUGGCUACGGCGUGCUGGACGCCGGCGGCAUGGUCAGGAUGGCCCAGGAGUGGAAGACCGUGCCAGAGCGUUUCCACUGCGUUGCCGGCUCCAUCCAGGAAAUGCAUCAGAUCCAGUCUGGCAAUAAGCUGAUCCUGCCCAUCACCACAGAUGCCUGUGAAGGGAAGGACAACUUUGUGCGCUACCUGGAGCACGUGCAGGCCGUCAUCACUGUCAACGCCAGCCGCCGCGGUGACCUCAACAUCAACAUGACCUCACCCAUGGGCACCAAAUCCAUCCUGCUGAGUCGGCGUCCCCGCGACGACGAUGCCAAGGUGGGCUUUGACAAGUGGCCCUUCAUGACCACCCACACCUGGGGCGAGGACCCCCGGGGCACCUGGCUGCUGGAGGUGGGCUUCCAGGGCCAGGCACCUCAGAGGGGCGUCCUGAAAGAGUGGACGCUGAUGCUCCAUGGAACACAAAGUGCCCCUUACAUAGACCAAAUCGUGCGUGACUACGAGUCCAAACUGGCUAUGUCCAAAAAGGAGGAGCUAGAGGAAGAACUGGACGAGGCAGUGGAGAGGAGUCUGAAGAACCUAUUGAGUAAAAACUAGACGUCUGCACGACUAGAGGUCAUAACCCCCUCACCUCAAAACCCCCCCUCUUCCCCUCCGCCACAAUCCUUUUCCCUUUACCCCACCCCAGUUCCCAUCCUGCAUUUUGAGCUCUUUUCUGUGUCAAUUAGUCCUCCUUUGAGUGAAUGAAUGCUUCUUGUAACCAGACAAUGAAAAUGUAUUUCCAGAAAAAAAAUCUGAUCU